ACAAGAUUACGAGAUAUCCAUCCCACUGAUACAGUGCUGCCUCAAACCUUUUGUUGUUGUAGAAAUAGGUCAUUACCUGAUUGUUAAGUGUGCUCUGAAUUGCCCCCUUUCUGGUCAUGUGACUUCAAAUACAAAGGGGGCCAGUGUUUUUGCCAUCAAUAUACUUAUCUAACAAUGUGUCUUGGAGGGACAAAUUUCAAAACAAAAUCAUACCAUUGAUAGUGUAAAGAUAAGAGAUCCCGUCUGUGAAACCCCCAUCUAUUGGCUGUUGUGGGGGGUGGAGAUGAUGGCCCAUAAAGUCUACUUGUGGUGUGUAUAUAAAUUACAUUGUUACAUUUGCACUCAUUCAAAAACAUAUAAAAUGUGGAUGUGUUUCUUGGGAACUUUCGUGUUGGGGGCACUGGGGAUAACAGGGGACUCUCCACCACAGGACGUUCGACACCAGCAUCUUAAGGCCCUCCACUGUCCCCCCUGUGAGCGCAUCCACUGCUCCCCCAGACAGGCACCAAGGCUCAGGUGUAAAGGGGGGGCGACCACAGGUGUGUGCGGCUGCUGUCCCGUCUGUGCCAGAACGGAGGAUGAGACCUGUGGGGGGGCCUGGGACUAUCUGGGCAAAUGUGAUCAGGGGCUAGUGUGCGUCUAUGGGGAGUCGGGACAGGACAAGACUGAGAGGACUGGAAUCUGUAAAGCAGUUAUUGAGCCACUGGAUUCAGACAGCUGUCACCCAGAGUGCACAAAGGAAUUCUGCAAUGAAAAUCCAACAAAAAUCUGCUCUGCCAGGCUUGUAUCUCUGGAGAGGAGACCUUGCCAGGGCUCUUGUCAGCACACCUCGUGCUCCGCCUGUGUCCUGCUCGUACCCCCGUACUGUCCACAGACCUGUCCCUCCUCAGAUGCAUCCUGUCUGCAACACUUCGGAAAAUGUGUUCACAGCCAUCUGCUCACAUCUCUCAACCAGCCUGUGUGCCACCAUAACAUACAGAGUAACAGUGGAGGACGCCUGGUGUGUUUGGUCCCAGACUGUCCAAAUGCAUCAAAGUGAAUUCUUGUGAGACUAAACUGGGAAAAACAGGUGUAUGUAGCACGAGCACCAAGGCAGCUAUUUGUACAAGUAUACACUGUAUUUGCAUUGCAAUUCAAAUAAAUAAUCUCUUACUGAAGUAUUGAGCCAUGUGACACCCCACCACAUCAGCAGGCGGCCCCCUGUGACGUGAAAGUUAUUCAAUAACAGUUUAUGAGGCAGCCGAUAUAAUGAUCUGCUAUGAACAGGGCCAACAAUGGGUCUUCUGUGUGGUGUUCUUCAAAUAUAACACUUUCAAAGUAAAACGCUUUAUCCAUUUCACAACAAUCACUUAGACUUCAGUGGAUUUAUGUUAAGUAUUUGAUGUUUCAUAAUAGUCAAACCCAUCAAAACAUGUAUGCUUGUAUUUAAACUUGUACAAUAGGUUUUCUUUCUGUAAUGCAUUUCUGUAAACCAAAAUGCCAAGAUUUAUAUCCUAUUAUUACAAACAUGCAUAAAAUAAAUGCUUUGGGUAACACCUUAUAAUAACUACUCCUUAAUUCGACUUGGAUAAAAAAGCAUAAACAAAGACUUAAUUCAAAAUAAACAAAUCGUUCAAAAUGAUUCAGGCUUAACACUACUUUAAUUAAGGGGUUAGGGUUAGGGUAUCAAGUAGUUACUCAGUCUUAAUUCAUGAUAGUAUAUUAAGAAUUAUUAAGUCUCCCUUCAUGCUUUAUUAAGGUUGCAAAAAUUUUUUAGCUAUGGAUAAACAUCUCAUUAAAUGACAUAUCUCUAUCUAGUAUCUGUCGUCAUAAAAGAACACACCGGUUAUCAGCACCUAUA